AUGGUCGACGCCCUGCUGUUCCUGCAAGAUCACAAAGCAGAUCUGCAGAACAUCGGCGAGACUCUCACACAAGACGAGGGGCUAAGAAGGCAUGCUACGAAAGAAGUGAUGCUGGCCACUUGCUUCUGUGUCUUCUUCGAGUACGUUCCUGUCACCGAGAGCAGCGAUGCUAGCCGAGUACUCGCGGCUUUCUCAGGAGCGCUCAGUCGACCAGAUGAGUUCCUGCAGGAUCUGCUGACCCUGCGGGCACAGGCCGUGCCAAAGGCCAAGAUUUUCCGCCUGCAGCCCUUGGUCCAUGAGGCGGACAUCAACGGCACGGAUUCCAGAGGAGUCCUAGAUUCGCUUUCUGCCUUCGCUCGCGCAGCUCUGGAGAGUGCCCAGAUCUACAGUGAGAUACGAGAUGCAGUAGAUGCAGGACAGCUUGAUCGACAGCAGGCAGCCAACGUGCUGGAUAGCUUGGAAAGUGACCAGAGGCCAGGGUGGCCAAGUGAAUCAUCCAUUUGGCUCAGCUUGAUCGCCUUUUCGGCUCAGGAGGAUGAUGAAUGCCAUGGACACUGUGCAGGAGGCGACCUCCCCGUGAUCAUGGCUUCUCUCAGCUUAGCCGAAGCUGAGAGGGGAAGCGCCAUUGGCGUCAAUGGCGGGGGGAUGCGGUGA